UCCCUCCUCCUCCUCCUCCUCGUCGUCGUAACGCUCGUCGCGCAGGCGUUCUUCACGGACGAGAAGCGCGCGGGGAAGAUCGAACAGACCGCCAUGCUCGGCGGCAACGUCGCGCUCGCGUCGCUCCUCGCCGCGAGAUGGGCCGAAUCCGGCCACUUCCCGCUCUCGAACAUGUACGAGUCCCUGCUCUUCCUCGCGUGGGGCAUCACCGGCGUGCACCUAAUCUUAACGGAGAGGGACGGGUUCUCCAAGAGCGCGGUCCCCGGCGCGCUCGCGGCCCCCACGGCGUUGUCCACCGUCGCGGCGGCGACGCUCGCGCUCCCCGCCGAGCUACAAAAGGCGUCCGCGUUGGUGCCCGCGUUGAAGAGUAACUGGCUCAUGAUGCACGUCAGCGUGAUGAUGCUGUCGUACGCGACGUUGCUCGUGGGGUCGCUGUCGUGCGUUUCGUUUCUGAUCGUGGACAAGACGCAGGGGUGGGGCGCCGCGGAUAAGGCGUUGGGGUUCUUGGACGGACUCGUCGACGGCGGCGAGGGCGAGGGCGAAUCGGAAUCCAAUUCGGACGCCGCGGGCGACGCCGCGGUCCUCGCCGCGGACGCGGUCAAGGUGAACCCGAACCGCGUCCGCCCCAUCGUCGGCGACGCGGGGGCGCUCGCCGCGGAGGAGAUGGAUAGCCUCGCGUACCGGUGCCUCGGCGCCGGCUUCGCGUUACUCACCGCGGGUUUAAUCUCCGGCGCGGUGUGGGCGAACGAGGCGUGGGGGUCGUACUGGUCGUGGGACCCGAAGGAGACGUGGGCGCUCAUCACGUGGCUGACGUACGCGACGUAUCUGCACUCGAGGUUAGUCGCGGGGAAGAGUAAGAAGGAGAGCGCGGCGAUCGGCGCCGCCGGGUUCGUCGUCGUGUGGGUGUGCUACGUCGGCGUGAACUUGUGGGGGGUGGGGUUGCACUCGUACGGGUGGUUCGCGAAUAAGUGA